GCGAAUGUUGGUCUCUUCGCGAAGUGUUGAAGGAAACGGGAUAUUUUUCUUAUCGGAAAUUUACAGACAAUAGUUUUUUCCGCUCGGAACAUGAAUGAAAAACGAUUGAAUGGUGGAUGUUGAUUGUGGUGCUCCAUAUAAUUGUACAAUCGGGGCUAGAAGUGUCUCUUUGUUGUGCGACGCAAAAUUGGGCGCCCUUUCGAGAGAGUUAAAAGUUUAAGAGCUCCUUUCGGAAAAUGUGUGACAAAUUAGAAUUGUCUGAUGUGUUCAGAAGUGGUAAAUGGUAAAUGUGUUGAAUUGAAUUUUCGUGUAAUUCAACGUAUUUGAAAGUGUUGCUUGGUGAAGUUUUUGCAAGCUUUUUUUUGGUAAAAACAACUCCCCGGGCAGACCCGUGAAGGAUUUGUUUACAGCGACGAAAAAGGUGAAAACAUUUUGCUCCUCCAAAGCAAAACAAGUGUAUAUGUGUUCUUGCAAGCGAUUUCAUGGUGUGAGAGACUUUUCAGUGGAUAUUUGAAAAAUGUGAUACAUUUGUCCUUCGGUCAAUUAAUUUUUGAAGGUGCUGCACUUCUUGUAUUCUUCUUCUCAGGCAGAGGAUAUAUCCUUGUUAUUCAACAGUUCAGUGGAUGUUGUCUAAUUCACCGAAUGGCUCCAUCUCCACCACCACCCUCUUAAGACACAAUCGCUCGAAGGACUCAUCCGCAACAAACGCUAGGGCGAGUAUACACAAUCGGCGACCCAGUUUUCUCUCCCGGCGAGCGAAGAGAAUCCCCGAGAAUUGCGAGAGAGCCGAAAGAGCAAACGGUGGUAACUGAAAGAGAGUAAGUGAGUCGCUGAACAAGAGAGAGCAAGCGAGCGAACGAGUUUCGGCAGCGAUGAGCCAUCGCACCGAGCAGCGGCAGUAGCUGGCGUGAAGAGCAACAUAGCGGAUCGUUGCGUUGCAGGUCGUUGUGUGUCCGUGUCGUUGUCCAUCCGAACGAACAAGAAGACAAAGAAAAAGAGCAAAAAGUGUAGAAGUGCUGCCAGUAGUGGAUUUUAAAUUGGAUACAAAGAAAAAAAAUACAAAAUUAUAACAUUCGGUCGAACGCCGCGCGACUAAUCGCGAAACAGUGCUCCUGUGGAACAACAUAAGUGGAAAAAGCGCACAUAUGUGAAGGGAAGUGGAAUAAAAGGCAACGAAAAAAAACCGGGUCACGCGUGUCAACGUCGAGGGGGAUUAUCCACCGUCGUCCCACUUGCGUGCCGCCGCUACGAGAGACGGGUGUCCGAACGGGUGAAGAUAUCAAAAUAAAAGUGAGAUUUGGUGCAGUUUUGAUCGUUAUUAAAUGAUCAUCUUCAUUUUUUUCCCUCUGGUUCUGAAGUUGGAAAGUUAAACAUUCAAGAAUCGACGUUUGUCGAGUUUCCCGUUCCGCAACGGCGGAGCGGAUCAGAGAAGAAGUUUGAAGCAGAAGCAAAUAAUUAAGUAUUCCGCCUGUAUGCGAGGGCGAAUGUUGUGUUCCAACGUUUCCAAUGGUUCGUUUUCGGGUCCCGGUCUAGGGUAUAUGUGUGUAUUAUAAACACAACACAAACAGGGAGUGCGGGGGAAGGCGCAGAGUAAGCGCGGUAGUGGUGUGGAAUGGGAGAACCUCUAUCUGGUUCCCGGUGUUUCUAGUCCUCCUCCUCCUGCUCCUACUCCUGCUUUUCACACACGUCCUUUCGGUGCGCUGCAUCAUCGUGUGUAGAGUUGAUCCGACCGCUCGGUGCUCCUAAGACCUGAAAUUAUUAUUGCACGGUCGGGAUCCAGGAUAUUUUUUGUACCGUGACUGUGUGCUGUCCGUGUACUUGUGCAUGUGUGUGUGUUGGUAAUAAUACGAGAAACAGAAGAGAGCGAAACGGAGAAAAGUGUUCUUAAAGCGGCAACUAUAGGUGCAGCAGAUGCUUCAGAGGAAGAAGAAACAGACAUGUGAUAAAUGUGAACACGGCGGUGCGUUUAGCUAAGGUUCCAGAAGGCCUCGAAUGCCUCCUCGAAUGAAUGGAGGAAAAGGAGCCUCAAGUGGUGCUGUUGUGUUUCUCCGGGGCCCUCGUACAGCAGGGGAAGAGUGAAAAUGACGAAAAUUCCCAGCGAAACUCGAGAAAGAUGUGCUUAGACAGUGCCGUUGUUUCGGAGCAUUUUUGUUCUAGUUUAGGAUAAUUUAAUCAUUUCGGGGGGUGAAAAUCGAUAAUCCUCGACCCGACCCGAGCGGCGGGUGUGCGAAAACGUCGUCGUGAUAAAGGAAUAUAGUGUUUCCGUGGUGGGGGGAGUGAUAAAGUGUGAAGUGUGCAGUGUAGAUUCGUGCAACCACUCCGCGAGGAGUUAUAGACCAGUGUUCACAAUGUUUACCGAGGGGUCUUCGCACAAGAAAUACAAGAUCUCUUUACCGCUGCACAGCAGCGGCAGCAGCAGUAGCGAUGAUAGCAGGAAUAGCAGUGUUUGCAACAGCCUUAGAAACAGGAUCAGUGAUACCGAUGGCUGUCUACGGCUACCGAGCCACGGGUGUUUCUGUAGCCAAAACGAGGUGGUGAUCGAUGAUGGGGCGGAAGAUGACCCCAGAAACAGCAACAGUAGUAGUAGCAACAGCAACAGUCUCCGCCCUAGUACUAGUGUCCACAAAUCCGGCCGACGAAGGAGAGAACGUCGGCCGGACACCGUGAAGAAGGUUCGCGUGAGAACCCGCUCCAGUGCUGCAACCACCAGCCCCCGCACCUAUCACCACGAACCCAGUCAAUCCCGAAGGCCGCGACCAUCCGUGGCCAUCGUCUCGCGUCGAUACUCCUCCCUAGCGAUAGUGUUAAUUAGUACCGUUCUAUUGUUGUGCCACUGUGGUCCGUCGGCAUUCCUCUUCAGUCCCAGCUGGGCCGUCCUGCUGGAUGCCAAUGGGGAAAGUGCCGGGCCGGCCGGAGCCCCGGUGCAGGCCUUCGGUGAUGGGUUGGGGAAUUUCAAUCUGGAGCGCAGUAUAGCGGCCGUGUUUAGCCGGGUCGCGUACGGAUCAACGACUACGACGAAGCGCAGCAUACCGGACAACGUGUACGUGCCGAGCUUGACGACCGUGUCGACGCCACUGCUGACGACGUUCAGGUACCGAGAAAAGGACAAGGAUCCGCUGGGUUUGGGCAGUGGCAGCGGCAGCGGCAGCGGCAUUGGUGGUGGAUCCAUCGGUGGAGAUGGCCUUGGCAGCCUUGGGGGUGGGGGCGUUGGCGGCCGGGAACCUCACCACAACCAGCAGCAGAUCAGUGCCAACCAUCGGAACUACGAACUCGAUCUGGAGCGGGACCAUGUGCUGCCCACGUCGGCCCCCAACGCGGAGAUCCUCAAGAGCAACAGCAACCCGACCUAUCCGAAUCCGAACCGGCACCACGGGCACGACCGGCAUCGGCACUUCAACUCGACGCCAUAUCCGCAUGGUCACAACAAGAAGGGAUUCCCCACGAAUCCGAUGUUCCCGGGGGAUAUCCCAUCGUACUCGCCACCGUUUCGGGCCUCGUUCACGCCUCCACUGCCUCGCAAUUACACUAAUCCGUUCGCGGACAAACCGACCCUGCGGGGCACCAACAGUGACAGCGCCAUCAUCAACACCGGUAGCUACGUGAAUCGUCGUCCACUGCCACCGCCCAGCUUGAUGCCCGGCCACGAGCGAAUUCCCAUCCGGCCGGAUCUGAACGGGUCGGGAGGGAGUCCCCAGCAGAAACCGCUGCAUCCCCAGGACAUUGCCAACGGCGGUGGCGGCGGGGGAGGAGUCGGUCUUGCACCUCCGGUCAUUGGGGGUCCCUCGAGUUCGUCCCAAUCGAUCGAGGCGCAGCGCAAGAAGGCGCUGAACACACCCUCGGAGAAGAGCAACAAGCUGGAUUCGGCCAAGAGCUACGGAGUGGACAAUAAGUUCAUGCUGGACGCAAAUGGGGGGAACUCCAGUGCAAUACUGCCAAACGGGAUGCAUUUCCCGUCGAUUUCAAGGAUACUGAGUGGGUCCAAUGGGCGCACGCAAACGAUUCCGGACGUGUUGCUGCGGUCGGUGACUUCGGCGCCAAGGCCAAACCAACCGACGUUCGAUCUCAACCCACCGGUGACAUCGCUGAGCAAUGCGAAGACGCUGAACAAGGGUAAUCAGGGUGAUCGGAGUGAGGAUGAGAGCGAUGAUUUCGAGGGAGGGAAUGAGAACAGUGGUAGGGAUCAGGGCGAUGAAGAUGACGAUGAGGAGGACGAUGACUCGGUUGUGGUGGAGAAGGACGGCGGGGGUUUCUAUUCGACCCAGGCGCAAAGUGUUCAAACCAGCACGGUGAGUUCGUUUAUGCAUUUGUCCUCCUCGUCGUCUCCGAUUACGCAGAAGAUGCCGAAUCUGAACCUCAAGUCGGUGAUGAUCAAGGCGAACGCCAGCGGCGAAGAUGGUCAAUUAGGUAGCGGAGGAUACGCUAACGAUAGGAACUUCGCUAGCGACAUUGAAGAUAUCAGCACGUGGACGAUCGCGUGGAACAUCCACGUGUAUCUGUCGGCAAUACUGUUCACCAUCCUUGCCGUGUACUCGAUAUUUAAGAUAAUUUUCUACGAUAAGCUAACGCAUCUUUUCUCGCAAUCGUACUUCAUCAGCAUCCAUCUGAUUCUGAUCAUAAUCUGCUUGCUGCGCAUUUUCUACCUUUGCUACGACGCGUACAAUAUCCACUUUAGCUUUAAUCUCUUUACCUCCGAGCUUCUGCUGAACCUUCCGCUGACUUUCCUCACGACGACCUUCGCCAUUUUGAUCCUGUUUCUGUUGCUGAGGUCGAUCAACCACAAAACCAACCGGUACAGCUCGAUUCUCCGUCCACUAACGAUCAUGAUCGGUUCCGGGGUGCAUGUGGGGCUCUGCGUGACCCUCCAUCUGGUGGAAUCGUACGAAACCCAGCAGUUCUACCACAAGCAGGCCCAGCUGAUGGCCAACAGCCGGGGCGGACAGAGUGGCCAUGGACCCACCAACAUUCAAAUCCCACCGCGAGUACUGUCGCUGAUCUGCCAGAUCAUCUACAUCUUCAUCUGCCUCUCGCUGGGGAUCCUCUAUCUCUACAUGUACCGUCUGUUGAAGCGCAUUUUGCACAAGAGCCAGAACUACAUCCACGGGUACAACAAUUUGUCGUACGCGAUCCACAUCACGAUCGCGACCGCCCUGCUGUUCAUUCUGCUGGCGGCGCUGCAAAUCUACGGUGCCAUCAGUAUCAGCUCUCAGACGAAGGUGAAACUGUCGCCGAACAACAACCUGAACGAUGGGUCCGCCAAGAAGACCCUGUGGGCUUCGCACAUCGAGAUCGAUUGGUUCCAGUGGGGCUACCAGUUCAGCCUGCGGUUCAUUGAGAUCGUGAUCAUCGCGCUGCUCUCGUGGGUCACCGGACUGAAGACGGGAACGUCGAAGGUGAUCCAGCGGGAGAAGGACAUGGAGCAGCCGAACGCGAGUGGGUUUGCCCUGUUCCCGUGCACUUCGUCCUCCAGCCAGGAGAACUUCGAGACGGACUAUCCGGCGGUUUGCAACGCUAACACGAAUCUGCACACGUACACACUGCGCACGGGGAAACCGAUCUACGACGAUAACUUUGCGCUGAACUCGUUGAACUUGGAGCAGAACAGCAACCAGGAUUUGCAGCUGGGACCGGGUGGCGUUGGGGGCGAGUUCCAGCGGUCGAUCGAGACCAACAGUAUGCGGUCGAGUUCGCACAAUUACAGUAACAACUACAACGGUAGCCAGCAGGCGGAUGGGCACGAGGAUUUCAUGAACGAUGGCGAUCAGAUGCCGGAUCAUUACGAGAACCCGAACUUUGAGCUGAAGCAUCACCACCAUCGGGGGGUGGUGGAAUCGCAGGGUGGUGGUGGUCCUCAGUAUCACGAUAUCAUAGACAACUGCUACUCGGAACCGAUCAACGCGCCACCGUACGAUACGAAGAGUCUGCGGGGGGCGGCGAUACCUCCGGUGCAUAUGCCACCGCAGGGGCCGAGGAACUAUGAUUUCCAGAACUUCGAAAGGCCAUCCUUCGAGCAAGCUCCCUCGUCGCAGUCGAUUUCGCGGGGUGAGUUCAGGGCUUCGAAGAAUCUGAAGACGCUGAAGAAUAGCGGUGGAGUUGGCGGUGGCGUUGUCGGUGCCGGCGCGGGUCAGGCAAGUUAUGACGGUGCGAACACGAUGGGUCAUCAUCACUAUAACCACUUCAACAACUACAAUGAUUCGUUCGAGCGACGGAUUGGGGUUCGGAAGAGCGGUACGCUGAACAACAUCGGUGGGAUGCAUUUCAACCAGCACGUGGGGGGAAGUGGGCGGAACAAUAACAACUCCAACUCGUCGGCUUCGUCUUCGACUUCAUCGAACAAUCGUGGUGCAAUACAUCAGCAGCAGCUGCAGCAGCAGCAACAGCAAGGUCCGGGCCAGGGAAGACCUCCGCGAGGAGUUGGUCCCGAGAGGCACCUCAACGGUGCUCAGACGUUGAGUUCGUCCGGUCGGGGAGUCCCGGAUCAUCACCAUCAUCACCACCACCACCCGCAGGCAGCUCCGCGAAAUCUCCCCGGUGGAGAUUUUGUACAUCCGGGAAGCUUCAACGAUCGGCUAGCGAACGGGGCGGAUCACCAUUCGUCCCAGGACAACAUCAACAACUUCGACGACAACAGCAGUUCGGCGAGUUAUUACCACAGCAAGAAACGCUCGCGGGAAUCCUCCAGCUCGAGCUACACCGGGUUCAACACAAACAACAACAACGGAACCAGUGAUCAUGGCCCGCAGAACCUGGAACCGGGCGGUAGUUCCUCGCCGACGAUGUCCGGCUCGAACGUGCCCAUCAAUGGACUGAACGGUAUCGGUGGGGGAGGUAGCAGCUCGGGUGGAUCGUCCAGUGGGGUUCUACCGGGGAAGAUUGCCCCCGUUGGCGUCCCCACUGGAGCCGCCUCUGGUGAUAGCUCGUCGAUGCUGGUCGCCGAGCAAGGUUUCGUGCGGUUCCGGGCCCUCGAGGACCCCACACUUAGCUCGCGAACCAACCUUAGAGAUAAGAACAAACUAUUUAUGAAUUCUUAGAGUUUAAUGACCGAACGGCAGCUGCUGCAACAGCAGCAGCAACUGUAGACCGAUGUUCUUUUUUUGCCUACUCUCUCUUAGAUUCUGUUUAUUCGACUAGGAUUUAAAGCGCAAAGGACAGAACACACAACAUUCGCAUGUGUCAGCGAUUCCCUCCGCCGUCGGGGGGAACGCCAAACUAUGAACGUAAUUUUCCCCAUCCAUUAAAACACACAAACAAAAACAAAACAAACAAGUCUCGUUGUAAAUAGUUAGCGCGAAGAUAUGCGGAAUUAAGGCGAAACAAUUUCAGUCACAAGUGAUCGAUUUAUUACUAAUUAGAAGAAGGUAAAAAAACGGCUACGGCUCUUUAGGAAGUAAGGCAGAAAAAAAAACAAUUUGAUGACAUUUAAAUAGCUGUGUAUAAAAAAGUAUAUAUAUAAAAAACACACGCAAGAAUUUAAGGUUUUGCUGUGCCCCCCAUUCGUUGUCGGCCUACGGAAGCCCGUGUCGCCCUUCGUUGUAAAUUAUUGUUCCUUUCCCCGUCCCUAGCCAGCAACCCUAAACACAUACACACGCGCUCAUGAUAUCCUCGUCUCUUUGGCAGUCACACUAUCUCGCUCUCUCUCUCUCGUUCUCUCGUUCUCUCCCACCGUCUCCGGUCUCUUUCGAAUGUGUGUAUUCUCCCUUCGGCUGUUCUUUCGCUCUCGCAGUGUGCCCCACUCCCCAACUCCUACUCAUUCCUGGUCCUCCUCCGGCAUUGGUAUAGAAUUGCAGCAGCGGAAAAAACAAGAAUCGGAAACUUUUGUGCUAUAAUUAGAGAGACUCAAAAAAAAGAGGAACCCCAGAAAGGAAGAAACUGUAAUUAACUUGACAGAAAGCAGCUAAGCAGCGCGAGCAAAGAAUUUGAUUGCAAAGCAAGAUUGAAACAGAAAAGAGAUGCAACCAAUUGUGAUGAUUUAAUCCGUCGUUUCACUUUGACACGUUCAUACAUAGAUACACUAAAACACACAUAAACACAAUGAGAUAAGUGUCGAUAUCUCGGAUGAAACGCUGAAUCCUGAAGCGGAAAGUUAACGAAAAACUGACACACAAUAGUUAAUAGUAAAAACGAGCAUAAAUAGUUUAGCAAACUCUGAACUGAAACAAAAAAAAAACAGUAAAUAAAACAACAGCCGAUGAUUUCGUGUAAUAGUAUUCGUUCUAGUUUAAUAUGGUUUCAUCGAUUGUUUUUUAAAGUUUUGUAUAUUUACAACUUCAAUUGGUUUUUAAGUUCCCGCACAACGCUUAGGUCCCCCUCAUAAGAGGGAGCACUACUUCGAACGUCCAGCAGCUGCAGCUUCGCUCGCCACUUUGAAGAGCGGCUUGUGUCAGCAGAGUCGACAGUCGGAGGUGUGGAUUAAUCGUGGUCAAACUGUGAAAAUUUGAGGCAUUUCCCUCUCUGUGGCCAGGAACAAGCUCAAGACUGAUAUAUUAAGAGGAAUAACCACUCAUCAGCUUCUCAUAGUUCAUCGUUACCUGGGAUGAACUAUGAGGAGCUGAUGAGUGGUUAUUGUAAGUAAGUUGGAUCCACUUGAAAGGUAUAAACCAUAUAAAACACCGAUUUACAUUUCGAAAACGAAAAAUUGAAAAUAAACUUUCCUCUCAGACGCUUCGUUUCAUGCAGGUAUAUUUCCAUAAACGCUUUCCUCUCUCUUGUUAUUGAGUCACAAUGAACUCGUUCAUCAGUUAUUUUCGCUCGUAACGCUCGUCAAUUCAUUUUUGGUUAAGGCAAAUGGUUGUUUUAAUUGGCGUGGCGAAUGAAUAUAAAUCUUCCUCUUCAUUUAACUACUCCACCUCGACAUGAUCUUCGUUGCCCGCGUGUAUAAUCUUUUUUUCUUUCAUGUGUAUAUGAAGUGAAACGAAAACUUGAUUUCUGAUGCAGAAAAGUAGUUACACCAUUAAAUGAUGGCUCAAUUCUUUACCUACCGUGAACUCAUCUACAAAUUGUAAAUGUGAGAGAAAAACGAAUUCAGUCUGAGAGGGAAGUCAUUUGAAUAUGCCGUAAGGCUCAUUUUACGGUGAAAAAUGAAAGAAACACAGACGAAGCAAAUACCGACGAAAGCGCCCGAAGAAUUUAUAUUGUCAGUGAAACUGAUGAAAGAAGCGAAACACACUUUCAGGUUGAUGGUUUCAUAGCCCCUUGGCGAAUCUCGGUUGAAUAUGACUUUGCCGAGCCUUGAUCUGAACACUCAAAAA